AUGGAGAGACUGCCUGCUGACUGUGUCAUCCUCAUGUAUGAAUAUUUUUACAGUUACUUCAUUCCAUUGCAUAAGGAUGCUUACCAGGCCAUCUUGGAUGGUGUGAAAGGAGGUGCCAAGGAGAAGAGACUUGCAGCCCAGUUUAUUCCUAAAUUCUUCAAGCAUUUUCCUGAGUUGGCUGACUCUGCUAUCAAUGCCCAGUUGGACCUCUGUGAGGAUGAAGAUGUUUCUAUCCGACGCCAAGCAAUCAAGGAAUUGCCGCAGUUUGCCACUGGGGACAAUCUUCCUCGAGUAGCAGACAUACUGACCCAGCUCCUACAGUCAGAUGAUUCUGCAGAAUUCAAUUUGGUGAACAAUGCUUUGCUCAGCAUAUUUAAAAUGGAUGCUAAAGGGACUUUGGGAGGCUUAUUCAGUCAAAUCCUUCAAGGAGAAGAUAUUGUGAGAGAGAGGGCCAUCAAGUUCCUCUCUACAAAACUUAAAACCUUGCCUGAGGAGGUGAUGACAAAGGAGGUAGAAGAGUUCAUAUUAACUGAAUCCAAGAAGGUCCUGGAGGACGUAACAGGCGAGGAAUUCGUUCUAUUCAUGAAAAUAUUGUCGGGAUUAAAAAGCUUGCAGACAGUGAGUGGGAGGCAGCAGCUGGUGGAACUUGUAGCCGAACAGGCGGACCUGGAGCAAACGUUCAAUCCGAGCGAUCCGGACUGCGUGGACAGGCUUCUGCAGUGCACGCGGCAGGCGGUGCCGCUCUUCUCGAAAAAUGUUCAUUCCACAAAAUUUGUUACUUACUUCUGUGAGCAUGUGCUGCCAAACCUCAGUUCUUUGACUACGCCGGUGGAGGGUCUUGAUAUCCAGUUAGAGGUUUUGAAGCUUCUUGCUGAAAUGAGUUCAUUUUGUGGUGAUAUGGAAAAGCUUGAAUCAAACUUGAAGAAGCUGUUUGAUAAAUUACUGGAGUACAUGCCACUUCCUCCAGAGGAAGCAGAGAAUGGGGAGAAUGCUGGCAACGAAGAGCCCAAGUUGCAGUUCAGCUACGUGGAGUGUUUGUUGUACAGCUUCCACCAGCUGGGGCGCAAACUUCCAGACUUCCUCACAGGCAAGCUGAACGCGGAGAAAUUGAAAGAUUUUAAAAUCAGGCUACAGUACUUCGCUCGAGGAUUACAGGUAUACAUUCGACAGCUUCGUCUAGCGCUCCAAGGAAAAACUGGAGAAGCCUUGAAAACCGAGGAGAACAAGAUUAAAGUGGUUGCCUUGAAAAUAACCAAUAACAUUAAUGUUUUAAUCAAGGAUCUCUUCCACAUUCCUCCUUCCUAUAAAAGUACAGUUACACUGUCCUGGAAACCUGUACAGAAGGCAGAUGCAGGGCAAAAAAGAACAACUGAAGAUACAACCUCAAGUUCACCCCCGAAGAAAUCUCCAGCAGGACCAAAACGGGAUGCCAGGCAAAUAUAUAACCCUCCCAGUGGAAAAUACAGUAGCAACCUGGGUAGUUUUUCCUAUGAGCAAAGAGGUGGUUUCCGAGGUGGACGAGGAAGAGGCUGGGGAGGACGUGGCAAUCGUAGCAGAGGAAGAAUCUACUGAACAGACCGUGACAUUUUCUGUGGGCUUGAGCGGCUGACGUGAAAGUCCUGCUCAGCAAAGGAUUGCCUGGAGGAUCGCUCCCUUCGUGGACUGCCUUCCACUAAGACUGACUUAAAUGUUCUUUAUACCUUUGUAUGUAUGAUCUACUUUUCUAACGGACUACAACUUGUCCAUAGUGAAACUACGAUUGUAUUUUUGGAUGCUUACAGUCAGCAGUUUUGGGUUCUUAUUUUUGAAGUGUCUUCAGGAUUUAUUCAAAAUUGGAAAACAGCAUAGAUGUUUUAUCAACAGCUGCAUCUUGACAGUUUGCAUAUUAAACUAAAAAUCAGCUACUGCAUAGCAGAAACUAUGUAAUUGAGUUUAUGUAUUAAAUAAUGGACAGGAAAGGCAUGAUUGCAGAGAUACAUGUCAGAUAAGCUUAGCAGCUGAAGUAAUCCUUUCCUCAUCUGUAACCAUAUUUUGCAAUAUGUGGAGAAGAGUAUCGCUGUUAAAUUAGCUUUUAUUUACUUUUUAUAAAGAAAUUGACGGAGGCAAAUGCUGGAUUUCUACAGUUUGCAACGAGUGGGAUUUUUUUUUGCUUGUAGCAUGAAGCAGUCCUUUUACUUAGAGAUGUGGAGAUUGUGGUGUUUUUUGUUUUGCACAUCUUACUCUUCUCCGUGCAUUGUAAUGCAAAAGUGAUGUUUUGCAAAUGAGUUUUUAAUGUUUAAUAUGAAUAUGUGCAUAUACUUAGGCCGUGAAAUUUAAGUAAAUGAACAGGAAAAACAUGACAAUAAAUGACUAGAAAUAUUCUAGGAAUGGGAAAAGACUGAUGCAGUGAUUAAGCUUCAUAAACCGGAGCUGGACCAUAGCAGUACCUGGCUCUUUCCUGUGUAUUGCAGAUUUCUGAGUUUGUUGGCACUAGAGGCUUUUUUUUUUUUAAC